AUGGCGAAGGUGCUGUUCGUCUGCGUGGCCAGUUUUCUCCUUGUGGUGAAUCAUGCUCUUCUCAUUGAUCGCUGUGAUUUGGCCAAGGUGCUACACCGCCUUGAGUUGGACGGAUUUGAGGGCUACUCCCUGAGUGAAUGGCUGUGCCUGGCUUUCGUGGAAAGCAACUUCAACAUAUCGAAGGUUCACGAGAACGCGGAUGGCAGCUCUGACUACGGCAUCUUCCAGAUCAACAGCCACUACUGGUGCAACGACUACCGGAGUCACUCAGAGAACUUCUGCCACGUGGACUGCCAAGACAUAAUGCACCCCAACCUCCUCUCAGCCAUCACCUGUGCAAAGAAGAUCGUGUCUGCACCUGGAGGGAUGAAGAACUGGGUAGAAUGGAAGUUGCACUGCUCUGGACGGCCACUCAACCACUGGCUGACAGGAUGCAACCUGGGAUGA